AAAGAUUAAAAGAAAAUGGGAAUGGGGUGAUAAAACAGAAAUAAAAGGCAAGAUAAAUAGAGAAAAGCCAAGGGGGAUUGAAUUCCAACUUGCACAGCUUUUCUCAAUUUGUCAUUCCCAUCCAUCAUCCAUAAAUUUGGCAUUACCUUGGCUUUAUUUGCUUUGCUCCUAUCAUGUCAGUUUAGCGUCUAUCUAUCCAUCCAUCUAUCUAUCUAUCAAGUUAUUGCCACAACCAAAUUCAAGGGAGGGAGAAGAAGGAGCAGCCUCACCCUUCUAAUCUCCUACAGCUCCUUCCUCUCUUGUAAGCUUCAAAUUCUUGCUGCAAACUCUUUGUUUUUCUUCUUCCUGAACACACCUUCCGUUUCAGUCAACUGAAGAAACAAGUUGCUGGUUAAAGUUCAAUUCUGCUGCCAUAUUAUGGAUUUUGGGAAAUCUUGUCUCUUCUCCUUAAAUCAGGCUUCAUUGGGUUCAUCAUCUUUCUAUACUUGCUCUAAUUCAUCUUCCAGAUCAUCCAUUUUGUGUUUUGGAAGUAGUUUCCCAGAGCCCGAGAUCUUAAACUCUGUCUUGAAACCCUCUUCCUCCAAAUUCACUGCUGCCUCGUCUCCCUUUAGAGAAGACGCUUGAUCUUCUUCCAUCUUUUUAACCUUUCUUUUUCUCUUGCUUUAGUGUGGUAGACUAUUUUUUUCUUUUAGCUCCAUUUUUCACCUUUCCCCAGAGCAAUUUGCAAGGCAAGAUAAAGUGACAAAAUGUUGUGCACACCAUAUUGCGUGCCAGCGGCAGCUAUGGCUUCUCCGACUUUCCCUGAUCAUUGCUUUAUCAGGUAUGAUCAUCAUCAUCAUCAUCAUGAUCACAAGGACUUGAGGAGAUGGAGGAUUAGGACUACUACUGCUGCUACUCCAGCUUCUGCUUCUGCUUACCCUCUCUUUUCCAAUCAGAUUCAGCUAACUAAAGACUCUUCUUCCCGUCACAAAUUUUACCAGGAGGCUCUUAAGACUGCAAGGGACAAGUUCACUCGAGAAAUCUCGAUCCAGUCCAAGGACAAGGACAUCUCUCUUGCUAAGGCUUUGCUUUAUGUUGCAGCUGAAGAUGAGGCAUUCAUGGCUUUUAACCAAGAGAUGGACACUCUCUCCCUCCUGAAUGAAAGGAGAAAUGUUUCUUCCCCAUCUGAUACCAAAGAGUGGGAUUCUGUGGAGCAAAUGCCUUUGGGUGGAAAGACCAUAUCUGAAUGGCUGAGUGAGUUGGAUGCAAUUGCUAAAGAAGUAGAAGCAGAGCUAGUUUCAAGAGACAUAGGCUGCCAUCUGGUUGAAGUUUUGGAGGCAGUCAAUUUAGUUCUUUUUGAGUUAAGAGGCUUCAAAAGAUACCCUGUUCUCGUGGAUUCUAAGCAUUCAUACUUACACUCAGUGCUGAGCUCUGGAUGUGGCAGUGCAAUUUUGCUUAGCAUAAUUUACAUUGAAGUUUGUCGGCGGCUUGGUGUAACCAUUGUGGGAUCUCGAGUUGGGGGAGAUUUUUUAAUAUGGCCCCAGACAGGGUAUCCAGAGGAGCUCUUCAAAGUGACUUCAGGACACAGCCUGUUCGCUAUUGUCAAUGGAAGGUGUGUGGAGGACCCUAGAUCAAUGGCAUCAGAUUUAACUGGUACUUCACUUUUAGCGCUUGAGAUAGCUACAAACCGUGAUAUUAUUGGGAUUGCUCUAGCCAAUUUAAUUAGGCUUCACUGGAAACGUGCUUCGAGAUCAAAUCAUGGGUUGAUGCUGACUUCUCCACUUAGGCAUGUUCAUAAUGCUGAUGAGAAACCUAACAUGAUUGAUAAAUCAAAUGUCCCUUUGUUGCGGCCUCAAGAUCUUAGGCUAGCUAUCAUGGCUUCAGAAAGAUUGUUGAUUCUGCAGCCACAUAAUUGGGCACUAAGGAGAGACCAUGGCAUGAUGCUGUAUUAUAAUAGGGAAUAUGGCAGGGCAGUGCAAGAGCUUAGCAUCUGCAUGGCCUUUGCUCCGGAAGAAGAGGCAGAGAUUCUUGAACCCUUUGUUGAGAAAUUGCAUUUGAUGCGGCUGGAGUCGUCCUGGAAGUCUUUGGGGCAUGCUGGCCGAUUGGCUGUUCCUUGAAUUUGUAUAUAACCCUCUCCCUCCCUCUCUCUCUGAAACCCUCCUUGAGGCACAUAUAGUUUAAUGGAUGAGAAAUCUGCUACUGUGAGUUCUAUUUGGCUUUUGAAUGAAUAUUCCUCCGCAACCAUGCUUGAUUAGCAUGCAUGGCCUUUUUGAUCAUGAGAAAUGCGGUGGAAGGCGCAUGGAGAUCGAAAUGCAAUCCUUCUUAGAA